GCCACCCCCUGCGCCAGCUGAGGAAAAAAAUGGCGGAUUGCGUUUGGCAACCCCGGUGAAAUGGUCGUUCGACCCCAAAUGGGGUCGCAACCCACAGGUUGAGAACCGUUGCUCUAUUAAGAAUCCUAACAAUCUUAACCAGCAUUAUGGUCAAAAUUGUGUCUGUGUUUUAAAUUAAGAUCAAACUUUUCUAAAGGCAAUUUCUUUUACCGUAUUGGGGGUUUCAUGAAUUGGGCUCCCCUAGAGUUUCUUCAUGCACAAAUGCUUUCAUUCUGCUCAGAAGAACCAUAAAAUAACCCAUAAAAUAACCAGUGCUGUAUCUUAAAAAGGCAGCCCAGCAAACAAGGUCUCUUGGGGAAAUUCUUUUAAUAAGAAUGCUAAAAGUUCUACUUAAAUGUUUAAUGUGGGGGUCAAGAGGUUCUUACUGUAAUUAAAGAGCUUUCAGCUAGAACACUUUUUAUCUGUAGUGGAUUCGUAUGCCAAGUCAUAACAUUUACAAGAAAUGUAAAAAAUUCUGUUAAUGAAGAGGGACAGCAAGGGCGAAAUUGUUUCUUGCAUUGUGGUCCUAUAGGGAAAAAAACGGCAGUGAAAAGCAGUGAACAAAUUAAAAAAACUAGGCUGUGACAGUAAUUCCAAAGGAGUAAUGUAAGAAACCUAAAAGGACAUUUAAGGGGGGAAAUUGUUAUUGAUCAUGUUAUGUAUAUCAUCUAGUCUGUAGUUUCAGAAUAAGGAACAGGAGCCACAUUAUGAAACAGCAAACCUCUUUUAAAGUUAACAAUCCUCAGCUGAAAAAUCAGGCAGCUAAUAUACUGUACAUUACAGCCAAGAGUUCAUACCCUUACUUGCCACCUCCUGAUAAGCAAUCCAUCUCACCUCAGGUAGCCCUUAGGGGGGAAAAAACUAUGUUUUUAUCAUGAAAAAAAGGCCUCCCCCAACCCCAUUUCAGAAGCUCAGCAUUUCAAGUGAAUGCUGAUACCUAGAUAAUGUCUUCUGGGUUACCCAUCAAUUGCGGAAACGAUCAAAUAUUUUUAAAGACAAAAGCUAUGCUUCAGAAAAAUUGAAAGGACGCUAUAUCUGCAAUAAGAAAAUUUUGUUCAGCUAUAAAAAGCCCGCUGGCUGUAUAGUAUACAGUUCUGUAUUCUUGCGACCCACAGCUGUCGGUAUAAUCGUGGUUUAUUCCGUUAACUUAAUUUUUGUGUAUUUUGCGCAACGACGUGGAGAAAGCCUUUAAACACAGCCACUAAAGCAAAAGCUAAACCGAUCUAGCUGGGCCGAGUUUCAGAAGAAAGACGACUCGAACCGAACCCGCACAUGCUAAAUAAAUCCAAGAUGUUUUGCAGUAUCUAUUUUUGCAGAACUCCCAAGCUUCUUGGCCCGCUAAAAGUUGGCUUCUUGGUGAAAGACGCGAUCCCGCGUUGCGCGCAAGGGAAGGCGAGGGCGGCUUUCGCGCAGAGGCAUCCGCGACCCCGCCCUUCGCCCCGAUCGAGUGGCGUUGUGUUCGUUAUUGUGAGGCGGAAGACGGAGAGGAGCGGCGGCGGAGAGGAGGGGCGGCGCAACCCUCCUUGCGAGCCCCGCCAUGGCUACGAGCCAGGCAGGGUCCACGCAGGAGCAACGAAGCACCUUCGGCAAUGUGAAACCUCGAUUGACUCAUAGCAGAGAGCUAGAAAUGAAAACUACUCUCCAAGAACUAUUGAUCUACAUUAUUUUUCUAACUGAUUUAUGUAUAUUGACAUUUGGGAUGGUGAGCACAGACAUGUAUUACCUAAACAGAGUAAUGGCCAACCUGUUCUUGGAAACACCUUUCUCAGAAAAAGAUAAGACAAUUUUCAAAACUAUGGGCAGCAUCACUGACUUUUGGCAGUUUUUAGAAGGCCCACUUCUGAAUGGGCUUUAUUGGAACACCUGGUAUACUGAAAAUUCCACAAGUAGCUUCAGAAACAGUAGCCAUAUUUACUAUGAGAACUUACUCCUCGGAGUAGCUCAGAUCCGGCAAUUGAAAGUCCGUAACAACACUUGCUCCGUCUAUCCUUCUUUUCGUGCAUUUAUGAAAGAAUGCUAUGGGCAGUAUCGCUACGUACAUGAAGACAGAGAAAGUUUUGGUUUUAAAAAUGAUUCCGCGUGGCAGUACUACAGUUCUCCUACUCUAGCUCCCUGGCAUUGGGGCCUUAUUGGUCUGUAUAGUACUGGAGGAUUUAUGUUCAUCCUGAGCAAAUCAAAGGAACAAAGCUUAAAGAUGGUAACCUUCCUCAAGGAAAACAGCUGGAUCACCCGAGGAACAAGGGCUGUCUUCAUUGAUUUUUCAAUGUACAAUGCUAAUGUUAAUCUCUUCUGCAUAGUCAGGCUGACUAUGGAGUUUCCUGCAACAGGUGGCGUAAUCCCUUCUUGGCAGUUCCACUCUGUAAAACUUCUCAGAUACGUCACAUAUUAUGAUUAUUUUCUAGCCUCCUGUGAAGUUAUCUUCUGCCUUUUCAUCUUCACAUUCCUUAUUCAAGAAUUUAUAAAAAUGAGGAAACUGAAAGGAGAUUAUUUUAGAAAUGCUUGGAAUUGGCUGGAUAUGUUGUUGCUCUUGUUGUCGUUGUUUGCUAUUGCUUUCAAUGUUUAUCGAACGGUUGAAGUAUCCAGGCUUAUGGAAAAUCUGCUCUCCAAUUCAGAUUCUUAUCCAGACUUUUAUUUCCUUGGAUUUUGGCAGACCCGUUACAAUAACAUGAUUUCAGUGAAUGUCUUCUUUGCAUGGAUAAAGAUAUUUAAAUACAUAAGUUUUAACAAGACAAUGACUCAGCUGUCUUCUACUCUGUCGCGCUGUGCUAAAGACAUCAUAGGAUUUGCCAUCAUGUUUUUUAUCAUCUUUUUUGCGUAUGCACAGCUGGGCUACCUGGUCUUUGGGUCGCAAGUGGAUGAGUUUUCCACUUUUCAGAAUUGCAUUUUUACCCAGUUUCGUAUUGUACUCGGAGAUUUUAAUUUUGCCGACAUAGAACAUGCAAAUCGAAUUCUUGGGCCAAUUUACUUCAUCACCUUCGUAUUCUUCGUAUUCUUUGUAUUGCUGAACAUGUUCUUGGCGAUCAUCAAUGACACAUACUCUGAAGUGAAAGCUGACUUUUCAGUAAUUCCAAGCAGAGAGUUUGAGAUCAGCGACCUUAUAAAACAGGGUUACAAUAAAGCUUUAGUCAAACUCAAACUGAAAAGACAGCCAUCAGAGACAGAAGAUGUAUAUUUGAAAAAACUGGAUACAAGUAGGAAUGUCUCCAAAAUUGGCGACAAGGAUCUCACAAGGAGGCAGAUUUCCACAGGACAGUAUGACACAGUUUCUGCGAGAGACUUUCAGAGACUUUCUAGAUAUGCCGAAGAUUUGGAGAGACAACUGAAGGAUGUGAAUUAUAGGCUGGACACAAUUAUGAAAACUCUCCCUCCAGCUCAGUACCAACAAAGGAACUAGCAAAAGGAUACCUGGGGUGAGUUGCUCCGCUGGAAUGCAUCCAUCUCCUUACUACAUUUCAUCACAUUGCCUCUCUCACUAUGAAUCUCUUUGGCUGCUAAGAUUUGUAAGGCAAGCUAUUCUGAAGAUGGCUGCGUUGCCAAAAUGUUUCUCUGGCACAUGGGAGAAUCUUCAUAAUUCAUGAACUGCAUUUGGGGGGGGGGGGCUGCACAUAGCCACCAUUCUGUCCUGCUUUAUGAGAGUAGCCAAGAUGCUCUUUCAACUUCAUUUACUUUUACAUCAGUUUAAUGCAUGCUUUUUCAUUUUUUUAUAGUGUGUAUCUUAAGCCAGUGUAACUGCUCUAGUUCGUAGAAGGUGAGAUAGAAAUCAAAUACAUUUUCAUUAUUUAGUCUUUGGUAUGAUCAAAGAAACUUAAUCCAAUCUCUUAUAUAAUGUGUCUCUGAAUUUUUUUUUUAUUUCAAAUGGUUUCUAACAUGUACUCAACAUUAGAGUUUGAUUAAUUAAAAUACAUAUAAAUAAAUAUCAGGACUGUUAAUUCAAUUUUUAAAAAAUCUAUGUGUAUUAAUUCUCACUAAAUAGCACCCAGCAAAACUAACGCUUCAAUUAAAACAAACAUGUUUCCAUUUUUAUUUUAAUUAACAAUGCAAAACUAGGGUAAUCAGUGUUAU